AUGGGCUGCCUGGCGCCUGCCGCGGAUCCUGCGGAAGGACCUUGGCCCCUCGAAACGGGAGGGCCCCAAGCCAUCAAAGACUUCUUCGCCGCCCUCUUCUUCGACACGGUCCCCGUGGCCUUGCGGCGGCUUCGCCUGGAAGGCCAGGGCCGCUCCAUGGCUUGUUUGCGGUCGCUGACCUACCACCAGGAUGGCAAGUUGAUGCGCCGACCUGCAGACGGCGGAUUGGUCCCCGUUCGCGCGGCCCCGCUCGAGCGGUAUCUCAAGGCCAAGUCCUGGGACCCGCCCAGGACCUGGAUCUCGGGCCUGGCCGAGUCGCUGCGCCAGCGUGGCGCUGCGCAGCUGGUGCAGGCGGCCCAGGAGUGGUACCUGGCGGCUGUGAGCCACAUGCUCCAGGAUCCCAAGCGCGCCGACGACGAUGGGGACUACUUCCUCGCCUGGCUGCGGGAGUGCUGCCGCGAGGUGUACGAUGACGUUGACAGGACAGAUCCAAAGGAGCUGCGAAGCAUGAAGAAAGUCAGGAGCGUGAAGAACAAGUCCAAGCGAUACAACCUCGCCGGCAUCCGCAUCCCGAGCAUGGAGGAAGCCUUUCGAGAGCUUGCCGAGUUUGAGCCCAAGUCGGGCAGCAGCCGGAGACAGCGUGUCCUGGCAAAGAUCCUCAUCGAUGUGUUCCAGCUGCGCCUAGUGGACUUGGCGGCCAUCCUCAGGGUCGCUGACUGCGUGCUCUCGGCCGGGGAGGAUGAGGAAGUGGUGGUUGUUCUGUAUGCGGGAGGCGCCCACGCCCACUGCGUGGAGGAGUUCUGGCGGGCCCAGGGCUUCACGAGUGACGACCUGCCAAAGCGCGGUCUGGAAGCUUGGCAGCUUAGUUUUUUUGUUGACGUGGGGGUUGCGUGGGGUUUAGGGUUGGGUGGGGUUUCUUGGCUUACACCUGCAACCCUAAACAUGGAAUCGCCUUCGUAG